UAGUAGAUGUAGCUCUAGCUGUGGGCCGGGGGGUGAGCUACCAAGCCCGGGCUGCUCUGCCGAAACAUCCAUGGGUGGCUGUGUCGGGAGCCACCACGACUCCUCGGGCAGCUUAAACGAGAACUCGGACGGCACAGGAGUGGCUCUAGGGCGUAACCAGCCCCUGAAGAGAGAGCGGCCUAAAUGGAAAAGUGACUACCCGAUGACUGAAGGCCAGCUGCGCAGCAAGAGAGAUGAGUUCUGGGAUACGGCGCCAGCAUUUGAGGGCCGGAAGGAAAUCUGGGAUGCGCUGCGAGCUGCGGCCAGCGCAUUUGAGAGCAAUGACCACCUGCUGGCUCAGGCCAUCCUCGACGGGGCCAGCAUCACACUGCCGCACGGAGCUCUGACUGAAUGUUAUGAUGAAUUGGGGAAUCGAUACCAGCUGCCAGUCUACUGCCUCUCUCCUCCCGUCAACAUGAUUGAAGAGCGCUCUGACGAGCGUGAAGGUUCCGAUCCAGACUCCGGGGCCGCAGACCCGUCCACGGGAAGCGCCAGCGACGCCGGCUCAGGGGGGGAGUGCCAGCUUCGGCUCCGGCUCUCCACGGGUCGCGACCUCCGGCUGGUGGUCCGUUCCGCGGACACAGUGGGCAUGAUGAAGCGCCGUCUACAUAGUCAGGAGGGCGUGCCUGCCGCAACCCAACGCUGGUUUUUCUCAGGUCGGCCACUGACAGACAGGCUGCGCUUGGACCAACUCAACAUCUCCAGGGACUAUGUAGUGCAGGUUAUCCUCAGCCAGCCGCCACAGCCAGAGCCGGCGUCAACACCAGGACACACACCUGAAGCCUCUGGGCCAGUGGCAGCACUGCCGCAAGAGCCUACACCGGUGGAGAAUUAACCCAACCCGGCAGCCUGGAGGUGGGCAUACCGGCGGGCUGGAGGAGAGGGAGGAUAACAAAGGAGAAAGAGAGAGUGGUUGAUUCUGACUUUUCUCUUUCAAAUUCUUCUCUUCUCCUCUCUUUGUUUUUGGGCAGAGGUUGGCUUUCUCCCAGAACAAAAGGACUCUUGAAAUGAGAAAAGACUCUUCCUUAUGGUUUUACACGUUGAAAUUUUGACCUUUUUGAAGUCUUUUUAACUGUUCCUAUGGAAACCAAACAACAAAAAGAUAACUGUCAGAUGGCGUAAGGGUUUUCUUAGCAACACUGAUGUUCGAAUGUUUCUGUGUUUCAGUUUCCAUUCAAGUCCUGCUCUCUGGCAAAGCUUGGUCAGGAGAAUUCUGUUUAUAAGGCUACAGGGUUAUACAUACAUUUAUACAUACAUUUUUAUCCCAAUACAAUUCAACACGGACCGUUCAGGAUAAAGGAAUAAAGAUAGUUUAACAAUCAUGACAGUUAUUCUUUGUUAAUAAUUAUAUGUGAAUCAAAUCAAGAACACUUCCUCACUUGGGGAAUAAGUCAGUAUGCUAUCGCUGUAAAGAAAGGUUAGAAAAACAGAUGUGUCCUUCCUGUCAAGAGGUUGCAGUCACGGGGCAUGAGGAUGUUGUCACCAAGCUGCUGCUGGAUUAGAUGCUUUAUUUCACUCUGCUUCACAGAACAAUCAGAGCAAUCAUAAAAAAAUGUGUGUGAGUGUGCGUGUGUGUGUGCGUGUGCGUGUUCAUAUAUGAUCAAGACACAACCACGUGGCAAAAGGAAUGGAACAUCAGAAACACAGUUGCAAAUUAUAAUUAAAAAUAGAAUGUUUUUAAUUAAAAUUGAUCAUUGUUUCUA